UCUCGGCAGUCGGAUCCUCGUGUCAGUGCUCAGUCUGUGUGUGGUACAGCGCGCGGCGAAGGAACUGGUGGUAUAUUUCACAACGGCAGUCAUUUUCAAAAGAAUAACUCGUUUACUUGCCAAUUAGUAAUAUUUGGACUUACUGGAAGAUUCGUGUACUACUACUGGAUGUAAUAUUCUUUGAAGUUGUAUGCGCCCAACAACUCGUCCCUACGAGGGGUUUCCAACGUCCGACCGGACGGAGAGAAGCACUCCGCCUCGGUAUCGCCAGGUUUUAAAGGACUAUCAAGAGCCAAAGAGGAAGAAGUGGAUGAAAAAUAGAAACGACGACUGACAUUUUCCGCCCUUAUCACUCCGUUGUGACGGAAACAAGUGAAGGAUAUUAAGCUUUGUGGGUCUGGAUACAAUUUUUCUUACCUGUGCAGAAGAGAGAGGGGAGGAAUCAGCCCAGACAAAGGUACAAAGGAGAGGUGAUCCAUCCAGUGGUCGGGGUCUGAGUGUGCGCCUUGCAGCCGAGAACAGGGCUUUGUCCGCAGCAAUCCUGCGUAUACACGGGAGGGGGUGGCGGUGAUUUACCGCACCUUCACCGGGAUUACGGAAGGAGAGAGAAAACACACCGAAUUCCCCUGUGUAAAGAACCCGACAUGUAUCCACAAGGCCGGCAUCCGGCACCUCACCAGCCAGGGCAGCCUGGCUUCAAGUUCACAGUGGCAGAGUCCUGCGACAGGAUCAAAGACGAAUUUCAGUUCCUGCAGGCCCAGUACCACAGUCUCAAAGUGGAGUACGAUAAACUGGCCAAUGAAAAGACAGAGAUGCAGCGUCACUACGUCAUGUACUAUGAGAUGUCCUAUGGCCUCAACAUUGAGAUGCACAAACAGACAGAGAUCGCCAAACGACUCAAUGCAAUUCUUGCUCAAAUCAUGCCGUUCUUGUCACAAGAGCAUCAACAGCAAGUGGCUCAGGCUGUUGAACGGGCAAAGCAGGUGACGAUGACUGAGCUGAAUGCGAUCAUCGGGGUACGUGGACUUCCCAAUCUGCCUCUCACUCAGCAGCAGCCGCCUCAUAGUGUCUACCCAGCCUUCAUGCAGCAGCAGCUUCAGGCUCAGCACCUCUCUCACGCGGCCCACGGGCCCCCAGUCCAGCUGCCCCCACACCCCUCAGGCCUGCAGCCGCCCGGCCUCCCCCCUGUGACGGGCGCUGGCUCCGGCCUGCUGGCUCUAGGUGCUCUGGGCAGCCAGGCCCACCUGCCUGUAAAGGAUGAGAAGAACCACCACGACCUGGAGCACAGAGGCCCCUCAUCUUUUCACUCGCCUCCGGCCAAUCCCCUGAAAGAACGUGAGUCGAGCACGAAUAACUCCGUGUCGCCAUCCGACAGCCUGCGGGCAGCGAGUGAGAAGCACCGCGGCUCUUCCGACUACAGCCUCGACUCCAAGAAACGCAAAGUGGACGACAAAGACAGCAUGAGCCGAUAUGACAGUGACGGGGACAAAAGUGAUGACUUGGUAGUGGAUGUUUCCAAUGAGGAUCCAGCCACUCCUCGAGUCAGCCCCGCUCACUCUCCUCCAGAAAACGGCCUGGAUAAAUCACGAGUCCUGAAGAAGGAUGCUGCCCCCAACAGCCCCGCCUCUGUUGCCUCCUCAGGCAGCACGCCGUCCUCCAAAGCAAAAGACCACGCCCAUAACGACAAGUCGUCCACACCAAGCCUGAAGUCCAACACACCUACACCGAGGAAUGAGGCCCCAACACCAGGAACCAGCACCACUCCAGGAUUACGGCCUCUCACAAUGGGCAAACCACCCGGCAUGGAGGCAUUAGCCGCCUCCGCCCUACGUACACCUCUGUCCAUUGCGGGUCCCUAUGCCUCCCCGUUUGCGAUGAUGGGUCAUCAUGAGAUGAACGGAUCCCUGACCAGCCCGGGCGUCUAUCCGGGUCUUAUUUCACCACAGAUGAGUGCUGCAGCUGCCGCCGCUUAUGGACGCUCACCAAUUGCAGGGUUUGAUCCUCAUCCUCACAUGAGAGCUCCGGGCCUGCCAGCCAGCCUCACGUCCAUUUCUGGAGGAAAACCAGCUUAUUCUUUUCAUGUGAGUGCAGAUGGUCAGAUGCAGCCCGUGCCCUUCCCUCCAGACGCACUGAUAGGCCCGGGCAUCCCGCGCCACGCUCGCCAGAUAAACACACUGAGCCACGGGGAAGUGGUGUGUGCUGUCACUAUCAGCAACCCCACACGUCACGUCUACACUGGUGGCAAGGGUUGUGUCAAGAUCUGGGACAUCAGCCAACCAGGCAGCAAGAGCCCAGUGUCCCAACUCGACUGCCUGAACAGGGACAAUUACAUCCGCUCCUGCAAGCUGUUGCCUGACGGCCGCACCCUGAUAGUGGGUGGCGAGGCCAGCACGUUGACCAUCUGGGACCUGGCCUCACAGACGCCCCGCAUAAAGGCCGAGCUCACUUCCUCUGCUCCGGCCUGCUACGCGCUGGCCAUAAGCCCUGAUGCCAAGGUCUGCUUCUCCUGCUGCUCGGAUGGAAACAUCGCCGUGUGGGAUCUCCAUAACCAGACCCUCGUUAGGCAGUUCCAGGGCCACACGGAUGGAGCCAGCUGUAUCGACAUCUCCCACGACGGGACCAAACUGUGGACCGGAGGGCUUGACAACACGGUUCGCUCCUGGGAUCUGAGGGAGGGACGACAGCUCCAGCAACACGACUUUACCUCACAGAUCUUUUCGCUGGGCUACUGUCCCACUGGAGAAUGGCUGGCUGUGGGCAUGGAGAGCAGCAACGUGGAGGUGCUUCACCACACCAAGCCGGACAAGUACCAGCUGCACCUGCACGAAAGCUGUGUCCUCUCACUCAAGUUCGCCUACUGUGGUAAAUGGUUUGUGAGCACAGGGAAGGACAAUCUGCUGAAUGCAUGGAGGACUCCGUAUGGUGCCAGCAUAUUCCAGUCGAAGGAGUCGUCCUCCGUCCUGAGCUGUGACAUCUCAGCAGAUGACAAAUACAUCGUGACAGGAUCCGGUGAUAAGAAGGCCACCGUCUACGAAGUCAUCUACUAGAGAGAAAGGAGGCUUCUGAUGAACAACUCACUUUUCCCGCCCGACCACGCGUCUGUGGACUACAACACGAUGAGACAAACUACAGAUUUGGCAGUCUCACCUGGUGGAAGUCUAUAGAGCUGUUGGCCCCAAGGAUGCUUGCGCUGGAAAGAAUAUAUUGUGUCCUUUUGUUUUGGAGGGUUUCAUUUUUGGGUUACACACUUUUUGUGACUUCAGAAUUUUUUCCUGUUUUCCCUUGAAUAUUUGGGUGUAACCCGGUGAAGCGGCGCUUCAUUUCUGAGAACCUCGUUCCGCCAGACGUCUUGUGAAAAGUGUAUAUAUCGGAUUAAAUAAGACAUUUUAUAUAUAUUAUAAAAAUAUAUAUUUUCAUGUCCUGGGUGUACUUGUGAUGAUUUUUUUUUGGCCCACUCUGUCUUAUGCCACAAUAUUUGAGUGGAAGAUCAGAACAUAGAUUAGAACUUUUUAACAAUUUUGAUUUUCUUAAAGCACAUUCUCCAGACUGACCUUUUCAGAAAUCAACGAGGGGCAUGGAACUUGUAAGUAGGACGUUCUGUGGAGAUUUCAAAUGGCCUUUUGUCACAGUGCUCUUACCGGACGAUGAACACGAGGAGUCCUCUGACUCCGGCAGAGCCUCUGCUGGUUUGGACCACUGCGGGACGGAGCGGGACACUAUGAUUCAGGAAAAGAGAUGGAUGUAAAUUUAAUUCCUAUAUAUAAAAAGACUUUUUUUUUUAAAGUGUACUGCUCUGUCUGUGCUGUCUUUCUCCCCAUUUGUUUUACCUUGUUAGACUAUGGGCGAUGGGGACGUUUGUUUAGCCUAACCCUUGGACCUCAGUUGGCAGCAGACGCACUGCGGCAGGCACAAACUGGAUGAAAAUGUACUUCUAGUUAAGUUGACGUAAUAUGGAUGUUGAAUUGCACCAUUGAUUUCUUGACUUCAGACUAAAUUCAAACAUUUUUGGAAUCCUUCUGCCCUUUGUAUCAAUAUUCCUGGAAUAUUGUUGGCAGAGAGACAUAUAAAGGCUCAUGGGGACAGCACUUAAAUGUAAACAAAAAUUUGUGAAUCAAGUCUCCAGUGUUGACUUAUUAAGACAAAAAUGAAUAAUUCUGGUUUGUACACUGUGCUCCUGAACCUGUCAGCAUUUCCUACAAGAUAAAAGGGAGCCGAAUGCGCCAAUCCCUCUGAAUCACACCAAAGUAUGUAGCUAAUGCUGUCAGCGCUGAAAAGAAAUGUACAGUUGUUAAUAAAUUAAUAAAACAGUUUUUGUAGAA